AUUUGUAGGUAGGUAGAUAAGCCAAGGUGCCAAAGUUGACACGCGACGACAGUUUUCAAGACGAAAAAAAUAACGACGAGCUGCCGUCAAAACUGUUCACAACCAACGACCGACACCUCGCCGGCCAAUUACAAAUAACAUUGGAGCAAUCAUGUCUCCAAUGCGGCUCAACCACCUGCUCGCUCUCAUCCUGGGGGUCGGGGUUGCGUGCACCUUAGCCGGCACCGCACCAGCGAUCACUUCGUCCCUGAGUUUGGAGGACCUUGAUGAGAAGCUCCAGCAAUGUGACAUCGUCAAGGAAAUGAGCGCCGAAAAGGCUGCUCAUUUCGCCCAAUCUUCCACGUCGUCCAUGUCUGCCCUGUUGGACAUGCUAUUCCCCGGAGGCCCCGCCGUCAAUGCCAUCCUCGCAACCUUCUACAUCUCCGGCCCUCCGACUUUCCUACUCGCACUAUGCCCGAAAAACAUCGACCCCUCGUCCCUCUCAACCAUGGUCGCCUUCGCCGUCGGUGGCCUCAUGGGAGACACCCUCUUCCACCUGCUCCCCGAGAUCUUCCUAGGCGAGGACGAGCCCGAGCACGCCCGGUUCGUCCUUGUCGAACCGAACCGUAACCUUCUCCUUGGCGUCGGUAUCCUCGUGGGCUUCAUGACGUUUGUAGCCAUGGACAAGGGGCUCCGUAUAGCCACCGGCGGAGCGGGCGGUCACGAUCACAGCCACGGCCAUUCGCACGGAUCACACACGCACGACGUAACCCCCGAGGUUGUCUCUGCUACAUCCGUGGAUACGGGCAAGGGUGCGAGGUCGCGAAAGGGCGCCGGUGCCGACGCUGCUGGUGACAAUGGCUCCAAGGAGGUUGCAACCGUCAAGGAGCCCGCACAGCAGGUCAACUCAAGCGGCUUGCUGAAUCUGAUUGCCGAUUUCACACAUAAUAUUACCGACGGCCUGGCCAUGUCGGCCUCCUUUUACGCAUCUCCAACCAUUGGCGCAACUACAGCACUAGCAGUUGCUCUCCACGAAUGCCCCCACCAAGUUGGAGAUUUUGCUCUUCUCAUCCAGUCCGGCUUCAGCAAAUGGUCCGCCAUCGGUCUCCAGUUCGUGACGGCCCUGGGCGCCCUGCUUGGAACCCUGAUCGGCAUCGCGGUGCAGGAGUUCGGCGGGAGCGGCGGAGAGCCCGUCCUUAUGGGGGCCGGUCUCUGGGGCACGAGCUUGACGUGGGGUGACAUGUUGCUACCCUUCACCGCCGGCACCUUCCUGUACGUCGGUACUGUGGCCGCUGUUCCCGAACUGUUGGAGACGGAGGCUGGCGACAAGGUGAGGGAGGUGAAGAAGACAUUUGUUCAGUUUGUUGCCGUGGCGCUCGGCGCCGGCAUUAUGCUCUACAUUUCCUGGCACUAGAGAAGUCUCUAGACGUAUAUUGGGAACUGGAAACAAUCAAAGGUCUUAUAAAUGGGUAAAAGAAUAUCGCGGGCGCGCGGGACGUUGCAUGUGUCGUGUGUGAACGGUAUAGACGGAGCAUAUUUGGGUCAUAAAAGGAAGUUAGACGAGAGAUACACCUUGAGAAUCAUCAUGCA